AUGUCGGCCUUGUACCUACAAGUCAGUAUUAUUAGCCAGGCCCUCAUUUUUGUCACUCGGUCUCGUGGCUGGUCCUACCUUGAACGUCCUGGAAUUCUCUUGGUGGUCGCAUUUUUAAUUGCUCAAUUGGUGGCAACUCUGAUAGCUGUCUACGCCAACUGGGGUUUUGCACUCAUUCAGGGUUGUGGCUGGGGUUGGGCUGGAGUCAUCUGGCUUUACAGUAUCGUUUUCUAUGUCCCACUCGACGUCUGCAAGUUUGCAAUCCGCUACGUCCUCAGUGGAAAGGCCUGGAAUAACUUGGACAACAAGACUGCCUUCACCAACAAGAAGGAUUUUGGCAUAGAGGAAAGAGAAGCACAAUGGGCUGUUGCUCAAAGGACACUUCACGGGCUCCAACCUCCAGAAACCACCGACAUCUUUGCUGACAAGAACACCUACAGUGAGCUCUCUGAGAUCGCCGAACAAGCCAUGAAACGAGCCGAGAUUGCAAGGCUUCGUGAACUUCACUCACUCAAUGGGUCACGAAGCUGA